GUGCAGGACCAGGGCGUGUGAGCUUGGGCUUCCCUCAGUAUCUCGAGUUUUCGACUCUACUAAUUUUCAGAAAAGUUUCAAAAGACCCUGAGUUAUGAGGAGACUGGUUUGCUGUAGACGGCACAAGGAGCUCAGCUUCGACUUUGAUGAGCAAGACAGGAUAGUAACAUAUAAUGGCCUUGAGACUUGCAUUCUCAAUAGCUGUACUUAUGACAAUGAAAGUGGCACCAGUAGAGGAGAUGGUUGCCCAACCGACUCAUUAGAUGAAGAUGCCUCUAGCUGUUCUUCUAGCAAAGAUGCCUUCGGAUCAUUUUCCUCUCAAUGGCUGGUAAACAAGCCCAAUGAGCAUGAUCCAAAUGAAUGGGAGGAGGUCUCAAGCAGCCCACAACAUAUCUGUGCAAAAGAGAAACCAGCUUACUCCAUCCAAUUUUCAGAUGUGGAGGCCAUGAAAGAAAGAUUUGCCAAGUUGUUGUUGGGUGAAGAUGUCACAGGAGGGCGAAAGGGCCUCAGCACUGCAUUAGCAUUGUCAAAUGCAAUGACAAAUCUUGCAGCAUCGAUAUUUGGGGAGCUGUGGAAAUUAGAGCCACUGCCAGAAGAAAGGAAGGGCAGAUGGAGAAGAGAAUUGGAUUGGUUGCUCUCCCCCACUCAUUACAUGGUUGAACUGGUUCCUGCAAAGCAAAAUGGUGGUACCUUGGAGAUUAUGAUCCCAAAAGCUCGUCCUGACAUCCACAUGAAUCUUCCUGCACUUCAAAAGCUCGACUCCAUGCUCAUUGAAUUACUAGAUGCAAUGGUGAACACAGAAUUCUGGUAUGCUGAAGGAGGUAGUAGAGCAGAAGGAAGGAGUAGAAGUGAGAGGCAGAGUAAGAAAUGGUGGCUCCCAUCUCCCUGCGUUCCAAUGGCUGGGCUGUCAGUUACUGGAAGGAAGAAAUUGAUAUAUCAGGGGAAGGUGGUGGAACAAGUCUUCAAGGCCACAAAAUCAAUUAAUGAAAAUGUUUUGCUUGAAAUGCCUGUUCCAACUGCCAUCAAAGAUGCACUUCCUAAGUCUGGCAGGGCAAGCCUUGGUGAAGAACUUUAUAGGAUCUUGACUGCAGAGUUGAGCUCUGUUGAGGAAACGUUUGAUUCUCUCAAUUUGAAAAGUGAACAUACCGUCCUUGAGACUGUGAACAGGUUGGAGACUGCCAUGUUUGCCUGGAAACAGAAAAUUUCUGAUCACGUGAGUAAUAAAUCUCCAGUUCGAAAUUCGUGGUCUUUUGUGAGGGAUCCCAUCUCUGAGGUAGAUAAGAUAGAGGACCUGAUGGAGAGAGCCGAAGCCCUUCUGCAGCUUCUUAAGAUCAAAUUUCCAAACCUUCCUCAAACCUUUCUUGAUGUUACCAAGGUCCAGUACAACAAGGAUAUCGGGCAUUCGAUUCUGGAAGCUUAUUCAAGAGUUUUGGGAAACUUGGCAUUUAGCAUCCUCUCUAGGAUCAAAGAUAUAUUGCAGGAAGAUCUCUUGAGCAAUCCAAACUCUCCGGUGACAUGCUGCUUUCCUGGAAUGAAUCUCAGUGGAAACUAUGAUACUCUUAGUGCACGGGAUUCAGUACGUCACUCGCUUAUUGAUCAGAUGAACAGGGUGGACGGACAAUUUCGUGAUAUCAGUGGAAGUAAGGUUCAUGAUGCGGAAUUUUCCGAUCAUAAAUUCAAAACAAAUUCACUGACUGCUAACCCCAGUAGAAGCCGAGUUUGGUGCAUUGGUAGAGAAUCAUGUCGCAGUUUGUCUGCACCGAAUUCCCCAUGAUAGUGAAGGAGGUUAUCAAAAAAUCCUCCUUUGUUUUUU